GCGGCGUCCCCGGGCCCCGCGCGGCCGCCGAGGAGACUCGAGACUCCGAGCUGUCCGAGCUAUCGGACACCGACCCCCUCUCGGAGCCCGACCCGACCGCGCGUGACGCCGCCAGUCCCCACCAGGGCGGGGCGCCGGCGGCGCGGGCCACCCCGGGGCCGGGGCCUCUCGGGGGCCGCUGCCAGGAGUGGAGGCCGGCGCCGGUACCCCCUCCGGGACAGGGCGCGGAGACCCCCGCGCAGGGGGACGCGGAGGAGGAGGGGGUCCCCUCGAAGCUACACGUGGACGGGGAGCCCAAGACCGGCAUUCGGCGCCGGCGGAAGGGCGCUGGGAGGCACUGGGUCCCUGAGGCCCGAGCCAGCGUCCUGAGGGGCAUCCAGGACCCUUGGCAAGACCCUCCAGUCCGGGUGGCCCCUGCAGAUAGCAUGAAAGGAGCCCCGUCGGGCAGGGCCGCCAAGACUCCCGAGGGCAGGCCCCUGGGGGAGCCCCGAGGAGGCUGCUGCGUGUCUGAUGACAGUGACAUCAACGUCACGAGCGAGGAAGAGGACGGCAGGGAGCAGCCUCUCCCGGGCUCCUGCGGCCCCAAAGAGACGGAGAACGGUGGUGGCCGCGUCCCCCGGGCUCCCCUGGAGGGCCGGCCUGCACCACCAGAGGGCCUUUGCUGCUACAUCUGCGGGUCGACGCUGUCCCCAGCCUCGCAGCACCAGAUCCACGUGCAGAAGCAGGAGAGGCUGGCCCAGGCCCCCUUCUUCCCCUUCCUGUGGCUGCACAGCCCGCCCCCCGGGGCGCAGCCCAUCAGCGAGGGUGGCAGCACCCUGGUGUGCUCAUGCUGCUUCUCCUCCCUCAUGCAGCAGUGGCAGAGCUUCGAGCUGGCCCGCGUGCCUGUCCUGCAGCGACUGUACGUGGUGCCCCUGAACAGCCACGCCCCCGGCAUGGCCUCCAAGGGCAGGAGGCUCCCGAGGGAAGAGGGCCUGCCGGCUGGGGCCCUGCCAGAGGCCUGCUACCUCUGCGGGGAGGACUGUACCCAGGAUGCCCGGGCAGUGGCCUCCAGGAUCCUCAACGGCAACGCCAGGGGCUCCAUGCAUUUCCCCUUCCUCAGCCUCCUGCCCUGCCCCCCCAACGCCCGGGGCCCCAACAAGCGCUGCGAGGUGCGCAGCUGCCCCAAGUGCUUCAGCGUCCUGGAGGAUGUCUGGGCCCUGUACCGGGCCUGCCAGAACGAGGAGCUCAUUACCUCGGUGCAAGGCUUCCUGGGCCGGUACCACCAGGCCUUCUCCGCCUGGGACCCUGCCGUCUCCGAGCCACCCGCGUCGGUCCAGGGCGGCCCGGCGUCCGUCUGCUACAUCUGCGGGGCUGAGCUGGGCCCCGGGAGGGAGUUCCAGCUCAACGUGAACCCCUCCAGCCGCUUGGGCGAGAAGGAGCCCUUCUUCCCCUUCCUCACUGUUUACCCGCCCGCCCCGCGCGCUAGGCCUGCCGACUCCACCGGCCUGGUGUCCACCUGUGUGCUCUGCUACCACGACCUGCUGGGCCAGUGGCUGCAGCACGAGGCCCGCGGUGCCCACCACACCAUCAGCGCCUGGUCUCGGCAGUACCAGGUGGAGACGUUUGUGUGCUUCUUCUGCCAGCAGGAGAAGAAGCGAUGUCUUGGGCUGAAGGCCGUGCGGGUUGCCCGGCUACCCUUGUUUCUCUACACCCUGCGAGCCAGCCACAGCCUGCUGGUGGACGACGGGCGGCAGCUGAUCAUUGGCGCCUGCGUGGAGUGCGGGACCCUGGUGUGUGCUGGCCAAGGACUUACCCGCCAGGGACCCAUGGGCUGGAGCUCCCCAGUGGCAGCGGCUAUGAAGGUCACCUCUGCAUCUCUCGAGGCAUCGACAGUUGGCCACCCUCCUGCCCGGGAGCCAGAGUCCCAGCCACGCCCCCCAGCAGAGAGCCUGCCCAGGGGCCCCAGGACCGCCCAGGAGCUGGGGCCAGCGCGUUGUCAGCAGAGCAGCCUGGACGGGGCUGGACCAGACCUCACGGGCACAGGCAUGAGCCAUGAGCCCAAGUCCCCUUCACUAGGGAUGCUUUCCACCGCGACCAGGACCACCGCCACCGUCAACCCCCUCACCCCCUCGCCGCUCAAUGGCGCCCUGGUGCCCAGCGGCAGCCCCGCCACCAGCAGCGCGCUGUCGGCCCAGGCCGCGCCAUCCUCCAGCUUUGCCGCCGCGCUGCGCAAGCUCGCCAAACAGGCGGAGGAGCCCAGAGGGUCUUCACUGAGCAGUGACUCGUCCCCUGUCUCCUCCCCGGCCACGAACCACAGCUCCCCCGCCAGCACACCCAAGCGUGUGCCCAUGGGCCCCAUCAUCGUCCCCCCGGGGGGCCACAGCGUCCCCAGCACGCCCCCCGUGGUGACCAUCGCCCCAACCAAGACCGUCAAUGGCGUCUGGAGGAGUGAGAGCCGGCAGCAGGACGCCGGCUCUCGGGGCAGCAGCGGCGGUCGGGAACGCCUCAUCGUGGAGCCCCCACUGCCCCAGGAGAAGGCGGGGGCCCCGGCCAUCCCCUCCCACCUGCUUAGCACCCCCUAUCCUUUUGGCAUCUCCCCGAGCUCGGUCGUGCAGGAUUCCCGCUUUCCUCCACUCAACCUCCAGCGGCCCGUGCACCACGUGGUGCCCCCCAGCACGGUGACUGAGGACUACCUGAGGAGCUUCCGGCCCUACCACACCACCGAGGACCUCCGCAUGUCCUCCCUACCUCCCCUCGGCCUGGACCCGGCCACUGCUGCUGCCUACUACCACCCCAGCUACCUGGCCCCACACCCCUUCCCCCACCCGGCCUUCAGGAUGGACGACUCCUACUGCCUGUCAGCCCUGCGGUCCCCUUUCUACCCCAUCCCCACCCCUGGCUCCCUGCCGCCACUGCACCCAUCGGCCAUGCAUCUCCACCUCUCUGGGGUCCGAUACCCCCCUGAGCUCUCCCACUCGUCGCUGGCAGCGCUGCACUCAGAGCGGAUGUCCAGCCUCAGUGCCGAGAGGUUACAGAUGGAUGAGGAGCUGAGGCGGGAGCGGGAGCGGGAAGCUGACCGAGAGCGGGAGAAGGAGCGGGAGCGCGAGAAGGAGCGGGAACGGGAGAAGGAGCUAGAACGCGAGCGGGAGAAGGAGCGGGAGAGGGAGCUGGAGCGCCAGCGGGAACAGCGGGCCCGCGAGAAGGAGCUGCUGGCUGCCAAGGCGCUGGAGCCAGCCUUCCUGCCUGUGGCCGAGCUGCACGGGCUGCGGAGCCACGCCGCGGAGGAGCGGGCCAAGCCCUCAGAGCAGCUGACCCCGACCCGAGCAGAGAAGCUGAAGGACGCGGGCCUCCAGGCACCCAAGCCCGUGCAGCACCCCUUGCACCCGGCGCCCGCCCCCCACCACACCGUGCCCAGCCUGCUGUCCAACCAUGGCAUCUUCUCGCUGCCAGGCAGCAGCGCCGCAGCCCUGCUCAUCCAGCGCACCAACGAGGAGGAGAAGUGGCUGGCGCGGCAGCGGCGGCUGCGGCAGGAGAAGGAGGACAGGCAGUCGCAGGUGUCGGAGUUCCGGCAGCAGGUGCUGGAGCAGCACCUGGACAUGGGCCGGCCGCCGGCGCCGCCGGAGGCGGAGCACAGGCCCGAGAGCGCCAGGCCGGGACCAAACCGCCAUGAGCCGGGUAGCCGAGACCCCCCGCAGCACUUUGGCGGGCCCCCGCCCCUCAUCUCACCCAAGCCCCAGCAUCACUCCGUGCCCACGGCCCUCUGGAACCCAGUGUCCCUGAUGGACAGCACCCUGGAGACACGGCGGGCCCCUGAGAGCCACCCUCUGCACAGCCAUCCCACCUCGUUUGAGCCCAGCCGCCAGGUGGCCGUCCCCUUGGUGAAGGUGGAGCGGGUCUACUGCCCGGAAAAGGCAGAGGAGGGGCCCCGGAAGCGGGAGUCCACCCCCCUGGACAAGUACCAGCCGCCACCACGGGAGGCAGGGAACCUGGAGCACCAGGCCUUCGCUCACGGGCCUGGGCCCUUCCUGGCUGAGCUUGAGAAGUCCACCCAGACCAUCCUGGGCCAGCAGCGGGCCUCCCUCACCCAGCCAGCCCCCUUCGGGGAGCUCACUGGGCCCCUGAAGCCAGGCUCACCCUACCGGCCCCCAGCACCACGGGGCGCUGACCCUGCCUACAUCUACGACGAGUUCCUGCAACAGCGCCGGAGGCUAGUUAGCAAGCUGGACUUGGAGGAGCGCAGGCGGCGAGAGGCCCAGGAGAAAGGGUACUAUUAUGACCUGGAUGACUCGUACGAUGAGAGCGACGAAGAGGAGGUCAGGGCCCACCUCCGCUGCGUGGCUGAGCAGCCACCGCUCAAACUGGACACGUCCUCCGAGAAGCUAGAGUUUUUGCAACUUUUUGGCUUGACCACCCAACAGCAGAAGGAGGAGUUGCUGACCCAGAAGCGGAGGAAGCGGCGGCGGAUGCUGAGAGAGAGAAGCCCGUCGCCCCCGACGAUUCAGAGCAAGCGGCAGACGCCGUCACCGAGGUUGGCACUGUCCACCCGCUACAGUCCCGACGAGAUGAACAACAGCCCCAACUUGGAGGAGAAGAAGAAGUUCCUGACCAUCUUCAACCUGACCCACAUCAGCACUGAGAAGAGGAGAGACAAAGAGAAACUUGUUGAAAUGCUCCGUGCCAUGAAGCAGAAGGCACUGUCCGCAGCAGUGGCAGACUCACUCAGAAACUCUCCGAGGGACAGUCCUGCUGUCUCCCUGAGCGAACCAGCCACACAGCAAGCCUCUCUGGAUACGGAGAAGCCUGUGGGUAUUGCUGCUUCCUUGUCUGAUGUCCCCAAGGCCACGGAGCCUGGGAGACUGGAACAGCUCCGACCCCAGGAGCUGUCACGAGUCCAGGAGCCAGCUGCUGCCAGCGGCGAGAAGGCCAGGCUGAGUGAGGCCCCUGGGGGCAAGAAGAGCCUGAGCAUGCUUCAUUACAUCCGGGGCCCUCCGCCCAAGGACAUUCCUGUGCCGCUGUCCCACAGCGUCAAUGGAAAGGGCAAGCCGUGGGAGCCCUUCAUGGCAGAGGAGUUUGCACAUCAGUUCCACGAGUCCGUGCUGCAGUCCACCCAGAAGGCCCUGCAGAAGCAUCAAGGGAACGUGGCUGUGCUCUCUGCAGAGCAGAACCACAAAGUUGACACUUCCGUCCACUACAACAUUCCUGAGCUGCAGUCCUCGAGCCGGCUCCCUCUGCCCCAGCACAACGGGCAGCAGGAGCCCCCCGCUGUGAGGAAGGGCCCCCUCACGCAGGAGAUGGACCAGGACUCGGAGGAGGAGGAUGACGAUGAAGAUGGAGAAGAGGACGAUGAGGAACCCCCCAGGCGCAAGUGGCAAGGGAUUGAGGCAAUUUUUGAAGCUUACCAGGAACAUAUAGAAGAGCAAAAUCUGGAGCGGCAGGUGUUACAGACGCAGUGCAGGCGGCUGGAGGCCCAGCACUACAGCCUCAGUCUCACGGCAGAGCAGCUCUCCCACAGCAUGGCGGAGUUGAGGAGCCAGAAACAGAAGAUUGUCUCAGAAAGGGAGCGACUCCAGGCGGAACUGGAUCACUUACGGAAGUGCCUUGCAUUGCCUGCAAUGCAUUGGCCUAGGGGUUAUUUUAAGGGAUAUCCGAGGUGACGGUUUCCCUUGCGCUAGGCCGAACCUAUAGUAUAGAAAUAUUAUCUAUUUUAUUACCUUGAAUAUUUAAUAUUUUUCACUGGGAGGUUUGAAGCUUAAAAAAAUGAGAAUGUGCCAUGCAUGAAGCAAAGGAUUGCAGGCUCCAGAAAAAAGAACGAACUCGCCUUGACUUUGAUGCAAUUGAAUCACCUUUAUAAUUCAGCAAGCAACCAAUGUAGGAGGCCCAUAGUUUGUUCUUUUUAAAGGCGGUUUUAAACAUUCUUUCUUCCCCCACGUCAUUAUUUUUUAACCUGAAAAUGAAGGCUCCAUUACCAACACUAAAACUUGAUCAUUUAUGGCCCCCGUGUGUAAGGUUGGAUCAAACAUUGUCUUCUGUUUCUUGUGUUGCCAUAUUACUGUGCCUCGAGAACCAGGUUUGCUUUUGCUGCGGUGUGGGGUCAGUCUCGUUCCUCCCCAGGGCUGAGACUUGCUUCAGCUGAAUGAAGGUGGGGGUGCAUUUUAAGUAAAGGGCUUAUUUGUUUCAGUUACUUUUCUGCAAAAUUUUCUUCAAAGCAACAGGUCCUAGGAGCACACAAAGCAACAGUACUGAAGCCUCACCCAAAGGCUUUUCCCUAAAGAUAAAGCAAAUCAACACACUGAAGGUACCUUUUUAUUACUCCGUGGGGGACAAUGUACAGAGCUCUAUGUAGACAUAUAUUCACACCCACCGAAUUGUUACUGCAGUGGGUGGUGUUUUCAUACAAACGUAAAUUUUGAGAGAAAAGUCAAAGGUGCUUCAGCCUUGUACUGUGUAUAUAUUAAAAAACAAAGUUUUGUAUGUUUUUAUUACUUUAAUUAUUGUUAUAAAAAGCCUGCCAUUUUUAAUAUGUGGUUUGGGGGGAUUUUUGUUUGUUUGUUUGUUUUCCUGUUUGGGGGUUUUGUUUGUUUUUGUUUUUCUGGGCAAAAAAAAACCCUUGCUUUUAGUGUUUGUACUGCUGCUGGUCAGGACAUUAAAAUAUUGAAGUGUUUUUAAAAAUUAAAGGAGAAGAAAAGUAAAAGAGCUUACCACUGGC